AAAAUAAAUAAAUAAAUAAAUAAAUAAAUAAAUAAAUAAUGGUAUUUUGUGAUGAUUUUUUAGUUUUUGCUUUGCUGGAGAUUAAAACCAGAACUUUGUCUAUGGUAGGCUAAUGCUCUACCACUGAGCCACAUUUCUAGCCUGGAAUUUAUUGAAUAGGAAAGGCAAAUGCAGUGUAGAAAUAUCUUAGGCAAAAUAACUUGAAAAUUAUAGAUGCAUUUUUAAAGUUUAAAGCCUCUUAGAAAUUUCCUUUAUGCAUAAUAUCUCAUUAUUUGUGACCUCUAGUAAGUGAAACCUUGCUAUAUUUUGCAAACACAUUUUCAAAAGCUCUCAUUAUUAUCGGCCUCUAUCAUGGUAUGUAUUUGCAAAUAGUUUCAUGCUAUAUCAUGGUAUAUAUUUGCAAACAGUUUCAAAAACUAUUAGAAAGUUUCUGUCCCUCCUCAUCCUAAGGGUUUUGUAGGUCUCAGAAAUCUUUUCUACUUCUAAGUAGUAAAAGAAUUUCAUUUUAUAUUUUUUGUCUCAUAUGUAUAUAUGUGAAUGCAUGUGUAUGUGUGUAUAGAUGUCUAGGGUUGACACCACACAUCUUUGGUCUUCACCUUUACUUUUUGAGACAGCGUCUACCUCCAGACUGGCAUUACAAGUACAUACCAUCAUGCCUGCUUUUUACAAGGGUUGGGGAUCUGGAUGAGGUCCUUAUGCUCAGUUGAGCCAUCUUCCAGCACUUAUGUCUUAUUUGCUUUUCAGUUGUUGAGAGACAUUACCAAGACAACUUCUAGAAGAUAGAGUUUAUUGUUGUUUACAAUGUAGAGGGUGAGUCAUGGCCAUCAUGACAGGGAGCAUGUGAGCAAGCAGAUAGGCAUGCGGCAAUGAGGCAGAGAGAGGGAGGGGGCAGGGAUGGGGGAGGGAGAAAAGUGGGGAGGGAGGGAAAUUGCACAAUAACUGGGAAUGGUUGUGGGCUUUUGAAACCUCAAAGCCUGCCCCUCAGUGACACCAACAAGGCCACACGUUCCAAUCCUUCCCAAACAGUUCCACCACUUGGGGACCAGGCAUUCAAAUAUAUGAGUCUAUAGAGGCCAUUCUCAUUCAAACCACCAUAUUUCAUCUUUAAUUUCCAAAUAGCUGAAAAUAUUAAAAUAUACUGCUGCAGUUUAGAGCUUGCUUGCUACAUUGGUCAGAGACUUGUGCUUUAAAAAGAAACUUACCAAUAAAAAUACAUACAGUUCAAAAAAAAAGCAUACAGUUGCAUGAUACUUCUUUCUGUUAAUCUUUCUUUGGUAAAUAUGAAUUUUAAGACGUAAUAUAUAUUUCUGGUUUUUAACUUUAAUUCAGUACACACACAUUCCAUUAAAAUACCUUUAAGUUUUAGGUUGCCCUUAUAUACUAAAGUUUGAGUAUAUUGUAAAGGUUAUUCUUAAAGUUUAAUAAUAUAAAUAUUAUAAAAAUACUUUUCAGUUUCUGUUCUGGAGCACAAAAAACUUGGAUAUCACUCCCGUGUGUUCCUCCAGUAAGGAAAAGCUUUAGAUAAAAAAAAAAUUAAUAUGAAAUUCCCUAACAUAUCUCCUUCUUGUACUUACCGCAUGGCAGACUGCUGCUGUACACAUACAGAGACAAAUAGGUAGAUACAGAAGUUCACUUCUGUCAGCAUAGCGGUUGCUUCUCCAUGGUUGCUUAGCACUGGGUUAACUGUCAUACUAUGUGCAACAUUUUGGAGAAAAAAACAAACAAACAUUACAAUCAUGGUUAGGUAUGACAAAGAUGUGAGAAUUAGCAGCUUACAACUACAAUUACAUGUCAAAGGCUCUAAUUGCAAUAGUACCUGAUAUAAUAAGAGAUCAGUGCCCCAUCCUGUUCCAUUCCAUCUCAUCUUAUCACCCCAUUUAAUUCCAGUGUUGUCGCUCAUCCCUUUGCUUCUCAUUCCGUUAUUGUAUCCUAUCCUAUCUUAACAUUCCAUUCCAUCCCUACUUCCCAUUCUAUCCCAACAUUCUGUAUCAUCCCAUUCUGUGUCAUCGUUUUGUUCCAUCCCAUCCUAAACUUUCAUCCCAUUUCAAAAUCCUUCCCAUACCAACAACCUGCCCUUUCAUCUGUGUAGGUCAGCUUUCUGUCACUACAAUAAUACCUGAGCCAAUUACAAAGAGAAAAGGGUUAUUUUGGUUUGUAUUCUUGAAGUUUUGAGGCCAGGCAGCACAUCAUGGCAGGCAUGCAUGGAGGAGCAGCACCAAUUCUCUCAUGUUCUAGGGAGCAGAAAGAAAUAGAACAAAGGCGAGGAUCCCAUGGUCCUUUUGAAUGCAUGCCCCAGUGGCCUGAGGGCUAGGCCCCACCUUCUAAAGGUCUACUUCACUUCCUAGUAGCACCACCCUGGACAUCAAGCAUUUAACACAUCGACUUUUGUGGAACAUUUUACAUCCAAGCUAUAGUAGAUGCUGACCUUAACAUCCAUCUCAUGGACUUUGGCGUCUGUAAUGUGUUCAGUUCUAGAAGCAAGCUAGGUACCAUAUGCUGUGGUCCCCUUCUAAUGGGAAAAAAAGUACAGGGGCCCCGUGGUAGAUACAGCAAGUCUUGGAGUCAUCCUGUAUAUGGUGGUUGCUGGGUCCCUGCCUUUUAAUGGCUAGAACAUAAGUAAGUACAGAAGCAUACAUUCCCUUGUGUCUGUGAUGCAUGAACAUCUGAAAUAUUUGACCCUCAAUAGUUUGACCAUCAGAAAGAUGAGCAUGUUAGAGGAAAUCCUGAGGCUACCCAUGGACAAAUGGAGGCCAUGAAGAGUUUAUGGUUUGAAUGGGAAUGGCUCCCAUGGGCUCGUGUAUAUGUGUUCUUAGUUUUAGUUGAUGAGCUGUUUGGGGGGAUUAGGAGGUGUGUUGUUGCUGGCAGACUUUGAGGGUUGAAAAGCCCAUGCCAGAGCCAGUCUCUUUGCUGCUGCUUCUGCUUCUGCUGCUUGUGGAUCUAACGCCAGGUCUUUAUGCUUCCCACCAUGAUGAUAAAGGGACUAACUCUUAAGCUGUUUGCAAGUCCCCAAUUAAACAUUGUCUUUUAAAGGAGUUUCCUUGGUCUUAGUCUCUUCGAAGCAGUAGAACAGUAACUAUGAGACAAAGAGGAGCUGAAAGUUUACAUAGAGCCGCUGAUUGCUAUAACCCCCAAGCCGAGAUGCUGCUGUCUAUGGGCAAAAAUUGGGACAAGAUUCAGGACUCAUUUCGGGCCAGAAGGAAGCCGAAGAAGUAGCCAGUCAUCAGAUCCUGAGCUCCAAGAGACCUUAGAGGGCUGCUUGGUCAAUAUGGAUCCCUGCCUAGUUGAAAACAGUAGGGCUAACCAAAGAUUCUUCUGGAAUAGAAUGAAUAUAGAACCUUGAGCUGCAUACUCUGUAUUUCAUUUGUUUCAGGACUCUAGGAUCAACAGAGAAAAGACAAAUACAUUUAACAUAAAAGUAUCUAAUUUUUUUUUUAAUACAAAGAGCACCAUAAGCAAUAUGAAAGCCAAAGACUAAUCUAGGCAGUGUUUACAGGGACAGAGGGUUAAUGUUCUUGCCAGAGAUUUUAUUCUUUUGUUAUUCAUUUAUUUAUUUGAAAUAAAAUUCUAUAUUUUAUUUAGAGAUUAUAGCUUAGACUGGCCUUGGAAUGUAACCCUAGCUUUCUUUAAACCUGUGAUCCUCCCUGCCUCUGGCUCCCAGUGUUAGAAUUAUUGGCAUGUGUCACCAGCUGGACCUUACCAGAGACCUUAAAAGUCAAGCAACAGACUCCAUAAAAAAGUAAUGAAAGUAAAAUUGACCUUGCAAGUUGAAGCUAUGUUAUUCUACCCAUCACAUUGCUACAUGCAAACUAGUUUGCUGUGCGAUGGUGUUGAUGGGAAGGUAUGUUGAUAGAAUGUUCUCUGUGACAGUUUGGUAACAUAGAACAGUUUUAUAUGUAUAUGCUAUCACCAGGAGUUCCCCUUUAAAUUUAAUGCAAGUAAAAUUUUCUUUCUUCUUCUUUUUUUUCUUUUUGGCUUCUUCUCUUUUUCUUUUCUUACACAGGUUUUCUCUGUGUAACAGCUCUGGCUGUCCUGGAACUCAUUUUGUAGACCAGGCUGGCCUCAAACUCACAGAGAUCUGCCUGUGUCUGCCUACACAGUGCUGGGAUUAAAGGCGUGUGCCACCACCACCUGGUUGCAAGUAAAUAUUAACAAAAGUAAAAGUAUUUUGUAUAACAUAUAUUCAUUGUUAUCCUAUUAAUAGGUCAAAAUUAGAUCGUGUGAGUUCCUCUUAUGGAAUAAUUAUUUUAUCAAUAUGAUGGAAAACCAGCCACAAAAAUGAUAAGACUUGUUAUUGUUUAAUGGUGUGAAUGAUAUCUAUUUUAUAUGUAUUUUAGGUGCAAAUGUCAGGUUGUAAAGUGCAUGUCUAAUUGUCUAAUUUACCACAUUGUGUGACACAUGUAUUGACAUUUACAAGUAACGUCUGGAUUGAACAAGACGAUAUAUAUAUAUAUAUGUGUGUGUGCCAAAUAUUUUAAAAGGGCUGGUUAUCUCAACUUUUGAUUGUGGUCACCAUGUGUAUAGUGUCCUUCUUAUGAGAUUACCAGAAGCAGUAAAGCAUUCAAAUAGUACAGGCAAGUGGAAAGGUAAGGAUGCGUCCAGAGGCCAUCCUCCCAUAGUGUUUGCCCUAAGUUGCCUCAGGUGGAAGUGCGCCUGCACUCAGGUGGAACCAAAGUGUAGACCGUGCUGGGACCGGAGGGAGGGGCGGCAGGGUGCACCCCAGACUGGGUAGGUGAGCCAGCUGAGCCCCAGGCCGGAAGGUUAAGCGGGCUGCACUCCAGACAGGAAGGGUGAACCAGCUGGCCUGUCUGUCAGUUUUCUCCUCACAGCACUCCCUCUACCAGUCAGGCGCCAUGAAAUUUCGGGCUAAGAUCACCAGCAAGAGUAUUCUAGAGCUCUUCAUCCAGGUCAGCGGCACUGUAGCAAGGCUGGCGAAGGUCUGUGUGCUCCGCGUGUGUCGUGACAGGCUGUGCUUCUGCCCCACCGGGCUGCUGGGUGAGGCCCAGCUGUGGGGUGAGGUGAGGCGGGGAGUCUUCCGGCACUUCUGUAUGGAGGGUGUUUCGGAGGAAUUCAAUGAGAUCUAUCUAGAGCUGAUGUCUGAGCACCUGGCCAGAGCCGUGAGGAAUGCGGGCAACGCUUCAUCCCUGAAGCUCCAGCUCACCAACAAGCGGCGCCCCUGCCUCACUGUGGUUGUGGAGCUGGCGUCGUGCCCUGGCCACAGCCGUGCGAUGGUCCACGACCUGCCUGUGAAGGUGCUUCCCAGAAGGUGGUGGAAGGAGUGUGCGGAGCCCCGGGUUCCGGCCUCUGAUGUCAGUGUUUAUCUGCCAGCUCUGAAGACGCUGAAGAACAUGGUGGAGAGGAUGGCAAAUGUGGGCGAUCGUGUGCUGCUGGAAGCAAAUCAAAACGGCAAGAUGAACUUGAGUGUAGAAACUGAUGUGGUGACUAUUAAAAGCUAUUUUAAAAAUCUCGGAAAUCCUCCAAAAGCCGUUCUGGGUAUGACUCAAGAAAAAGACCCAGAGAGCAUGGUGCAGGUGAGUGUGGACAACAGGAAGCUUCUGCUGUUUUUUGAAGGACAGCAGCAGACAAACCCCACAAUGGCCUUAUGUAAUAUUUCGAGCAAUACUCUGCUUCAUCUUGUUUUGGUUCAUGAUGAUAUCUCUCUUCAGUACUUUAUUCCUGCUUCAUAACUCAAGCAGUCCUAAUUGUCUUUUUCAAAGAAAUCUUACUUAAGUUCUGGAAAGAACUGAAUCACUGAGUUACUUGUAUUAAAAGCCUGCACCCCUGUGGAUUAUGUAGGGUGUUUAUUUUGUUGAGCACUUCCUUUGUAAAAUGUUAACAAACAAUUGGAGAAAUAAUUGGAUAGUUCAUGUGCCUGUAUUUUGGCUUUGACAGUUAAAUUAUAUUUAACUUAGUUGUUUUGGAAAAAAAAAGAUUGUAAUAAAAUAAAUUAACUGAAUCCUGAAACAAUUGCAUUAUUUUAUUAUGA